CCUCAGGUAUUAGGUAUUAUGCUGAUCCACUGUGAAGACUUGUCCCGUGUCCUACAUAACCCGGUGGCCACUGUUUGCAAUAGUUUGGACUUUUGCUAGUGCAACAAUAUCCAGCUGUAGAAAUCUGCUUUUUGGAGACUUUUGCAAAAUCUUCACUCAGCGGAGCCGAGGAUGUGGCAUGAAUCAGUCCACUGUAGUUUUAAAUCCAGUCACCCCAUGGUGUGCUGGGGAGCGAGCAGGACUUGUCAUCUACCAAAGCCCAUUUAUGCAGCUUAAUUCGACAUAGCCAGUAACCACGCUGCUCUGCAGGACCAUGCACUAUACAAGAAGGAAGAGGCUGCAGCUGAGCCGGGUGGUGUUUCUCCUCUCUGGGGUUUUCCUCUGCACCCUCUACCAGCUGACCAUCAGUGCCAGACUGUACGAGCCUCUGCCAAGCCCUCAGAUUGUUCAGGACUUUGGAGAAGGUUCAACAGAGGGGGUUGAUGAGGUUACAGUGGAGACUCUGGUGCUGGAGGAACCUGCCACUGCAACUCAUGAAUUAGAGCCCACAGAUCAAACGACGACUGAGGUGCAUGUAGUGAAACAUCCGGAUACAACGACGUCAGAUUUGAAAGCAUCCACCCCCACUGAAUUUCCACCACUGACAACCACAAACCGGACUUUCGUGCACUGCAUCUACAUGGCCCCUGAGCCUCCACCAGAGACCCCUACACCAGAGACCCCCACACCAGAGACCCCCACACCAGCUCCAGCUCCUCCUUUCACCACCAUCACUCCAGCUUCUCCUCCUGAGGCUCCACAUAUUAGAGGAGGAUACCCUGAAGAUGUUUUUACUAUCGCAGACCGCAGACAAGGCUGGGUGGUCCUCCACAUAUUUGGGAUGAUUUACAUGUUUGUGUCACUUGCCAUUGUGUGUGAUGAGUUUUUUGUUCCUGCUCUUGGGGUAAUCACAGACAAGUUAGCCAUCUCUGAUGAUGUGGCAGGAGCCACCUUCAUGGCAGCUGGAGGAUCUGCCCCUGAGCUUUUCACCUCUUUGAUAGGGGUCUUCAUCGCCCACAGCAACGUGGGCAUCGGCACGAUAGUUGGCUCAGCGGUUUUCAACAUUUUGUUUGUGAUUGGAAUGUGCGCUCUCUUGUCUCGGGAGGUUCUUCAUCUCACCUGGUGGCCACUCUUCAGGGACGUGUCCUUCUACAUACUCGACCUCAUCUUACUCAUCAUAUUCUUCCUGGAUAAUGUCAUAAUGUGGUGGGAGAGCAUGAUGCUGGUGGCCAGUUACUGUCUCUAUGUGAUCUUCAUGAAGUUUAAUGUGCAAUUAGAGCAGGCCUUCAAGAGCCAACUCCACAAACACAAGAACAUCGUGAAAAUCAUUGCUGUGGAGGAACCUGACAAGACAAAUGGGGGUGAUGAAGACAAUGCUCCUCCUCCUCAAAAGGACAAGAACCGGUUAAAGUUGAGGCCGUCCUUUCAGCGAGGGAGAAGUUCCGCUUCCUUACACAACAGCACCAUGAGAAACACCAUCUUCCAACUCAUGAUUCACACGUUAGACCCUCUAGGAGAGGGGAAAUUUAAGGAAAAGGCUGAGACUCUGAAUAAUGUGGCUUGCCGGAAGGAAGACAGCAAAACUCAAGACAAAAGUGAAGAUGGUGGAGGAAAAGCUGAGCAGACCAAGGAGCCAGAGGCUGUCGAGAACAAGGAGCAGCCGGAGGACAAGAAGGAGGAUGUGCCGGCAGGAGACGAUGGGUCAGGGGGAUCGGAGGACUCUGACAGUGAUGACAAUUGCAGCGAUGAAGACAGCGAUGAGUCCAGUGAAGAUGAGGAUGAUGAGGAAGAGGAAGAGGAAGAUGAAGAUGAGAACGAGGAUGAGCCUCUGUCUUUAGAGUGGCCCGACACGCGACGUAAACAAGCCACCUACCUCUUCCUGCUGCCCAUAGUCUUCCCUCUGUGGCUCACAGUUCCUGAUGUUCGCAACCAGAAAUCCAGAAAAUUCUUUGCGGGCACCUUUCUGGGCUCCAUUCUGUGGAUCGCUGUCUUCUCCUAUCUCAUGGUGUGGUGGGCCCAUCAGGUGGGUGAGACCAUCGGCAUCUCAGAGGAGAUCAUGGGCCUCACUAUCUUGGCUGCAGGGACGUCAAUCCCUGACCUUAUAACCAGUGUGAUCGUGGCACGUAAAGGCCUGGGGGACAUGGCCGUGUCCAGCUCUGUGGGCAGUAACAUCUUUGACAUCACUGUUGGGCUUCCGGUCCCGUGGUUCAUUUUCUCAUCCAUCCACGGUUUCGCCCCUGUGGUCGUCAGCAGCAAUGGGCUCUUCUGUGCCAUCGUGCUCCUCUUCCUCAUGCUGCUCUUUGUCAUCAUCUCCAUUGCUUCCUGUAAGUGGAAGAUGAAUAAGGUGCUGGGUUUCACCAUGUUCCUGCUCUACUUUGUCUUCCUGGUGCUCAGCGUGAUGCUGGAGGAUCGAAUCAUCACCUGCCCCGUCUCCAUCUGAACCGAGGUCCUCCCUUUUUUUUUUAAACAACUGUGAACCUUUACAUGCAUGGAUCACAUGAGCAUGGGUCUGCAUAUCUGAAGAAACUCUGCAGAAAGCUGCUGCCAGUGACACUGGUCUCACUUCUCAGCAGCAGUACAUAUAGUUUACUACAUUUUCUAGACCUUGUUACGUUUUCACUUUCAGUAAAAAUGGCAGCUUUUACCUUUUCUAUUCAAAUCAGGAGAUGUAGAAUGUGCAGUUAUAGCAAUAAAAAAAAAAAAGUGUAGAUCUUAAAUGUAGAUUUUGUAUGAAAUUCAAGUUUACACUUGCACCAACGAUUGUUUUAAAACAUUAUAGAGAACCUCACUCUUCUUACAUACACAUCCAUUUUUAAAACAAGAAUAAUCAUAGAACAUAUGUUGGGGAAAGAAAUAACUUUAUAUCCAUUAAAAAACGUGUUUAUUCAUAAAUGAAAGCAAAGUAUAGAUCCAGACAGAUUUAUUUCAGGUAAAAAUCAUACAAAUUAGUAUCUGUGUUACAAAUGAUAAAUAAUACGUCAUAGACAUCGUGUAAAUUGACAAAUAGUGUAAACAACAUGUAGACAUCAAUUGAUGUUUUGGUCAUCGGUAUUUUUUUGUUUCUGGUUACGACUUACACGGUGGUUAAAAUGCAAAUGUGCGUUCUGUGGGACUGGUGUUUAUUCCGAACACAGAGCUGCAUCUAAUCCAGCAUCUUAUCAUUAUGAGUAACUGAAGUUCAGUUCUGAGCUGUGCAGCUGCGUCACACUGAGGACAGCAGGGUAUUUUCAGUUUAUAGUGAGAGACAAUAUCAACACAGUGAAUAAACACACUCAUUGUUGAACGUGCUCUUGAAUCAGGGCAGGUCAGAGCUGUCGAUCACACUUAACACCUUUGACACAGUAACAGUUUUUUAAAUGCUCAGUGCAAAGAGUCCAACACUGUCAUCUGUUAGAUUAAACUUUUUCAACAGUCAAUUUUUUAUUUUAAGUGGUUAAAAUGACCAUUAGCUGUGCACUGUUGUCCAAAUGUCUAAAACUGACAUCUACAACAGAGUAAAGAUCAGAAAAACAAUACAAAAUACUAGAAUCAAAUACUCUGUACAAUUUCAUAAAUCUGUUACUAGGUCAAUACAUGAAUCUCUAUCAAAACGUGUGUUGAUUAAAUCAACAAAAACCUUUAUUUUAUUUGUCUGUUAUAGUUUGAUUGUACCGUUUUUAAGGACAUUUAUCCUUGAUGGUCCCAUGUAACACAAAUUUAGUCUUCAUUUAAAAAAAAGGUAUUGCAUUAAAAUAAAACGUUAAGUAUAACACCCCUUUUGGGUUCUUUUGGUACAUUGUACAAAAAAAUUAUACAUGAAUAAACAUUGUGCAUAUAAUUAAAA